GACUCCAAACACUGUGAGAGGGAGAAAACCAGAGGUCACACUGAUAAGAGAAAGGAAAAAAGAGGCCGCCGGUAUAUCUGAGGCUCGACAGAGAAAAGAAUCACAGAAGACUACUAUCAGAGUCAAGGAGAGAGGAGACAACACCACGAGCACUGAAGAAAGCUGCCUGGAGGACACCACGUGUGUGUGCAUAUGUAUGUUUAGACAGGCAUAGGUAGAUUCCAGUAAUAUUUGUGAGACUGACAGAGGACGAAAGCACAUCAUGGAUCCCUCGAGUCCCUCCGAGGGCCCCAUGGAACACAGAGAAAGGAGGAAAAUCCAGUUCGCCGUCCCGGCAACAGAACUGACUCAGCUGGACCCUCGGCAGGUUGAAAUGAUUCGACGACGAAGACCCACACCUGCCACUUUGUUCAAAGUAGCAGACCAAACAUCUCCUGAGGAUGACAUCUCCACCCAUCAGUGGGUUGUAGGAGAAAAUGGUGUCCUCAAGCCAAAACGAAUCAACCCGAAUAUCUACCAGCCACCAUCAUUAAAAGCCGUGCAGCAGAUGGCUGAAGCUCACAUGCAGAAAUUAGGUGUGUAUCGUCAUGUAGAGGAGGAAGGGGGGGCGGAGCUUUCCUCAUCCUGCAUACCUGAUUCACAGGAGCAAAGGGGCAUGGCAGAACACCAGCCUGGCAUGAGAAAUGCAGGAGCCACAGCACCGACUGAUGAAGAGGAGGAGGAGGAAGUAGAAGCGGAUGAUAUGGCAGAGGAUGAGUGCAGAAAUGUGGACUGAAAGAGCAAAGUUUGAGAAACUUUAGAGAUUUUUUCAUAAUGCAGAACCUUGUUUGGAAAUCAGAAUUAUUGUUUAUUGAUUACUGGUCAAUAAUUCCAUCGUUUGAUAAAAGCAGCUGUCUGUUUGUAUUCAGAGACAAAAAGAGACUCUGAAAGACUGGAAUUUUGAAGUGGUCAAACAACCUCAAACAAAUAACUCACCCCGACAUUGGCAUGAUUAUAGAAAUAUAUAAGGUAAAAUCCAUCAGCAGUCAUAUAAUACCAUCCUUGCGUUUACAAACAGGUAAAGUACAAAUGUUUAGUUCUAUGAGGAGCGCGGUACGAAUGUGAAGUGUUGAGAAAUGUGUCAAGUGUUCAUGUCAUGUUUGUUUUAUGUGUGUUUUGAGUCGCAGUAUGUUUUGUGAUCGGUGCAUUUCUGUGGGCCUACACUGCCAUCUGGAGUACAGAGAAUUGUUAUACUGAAUUCCAUGAAAUAAUUUGCCAAGAACAAUAAUCCCAGAGCACAUGGAAAGUAUUUCACAGCAUUAUUGUUUAACGUUAUGUUAAACCACUGCCAACAUCCUCGUAGUUGGACUGCACUUCAAACUAUAUUUAAUUUAGCACAAAAAAAAAGAAUGUUUGUA